CAGGCGCGGGGCGGGGCGGGCGCGCGGCGCUGAUGCAAGAGCCGAGCACGGACUGACCCCGCGGCACCGACCCACCCCGGCCCCUCCGGCCCGCGGCCCCGACCGGCCGCAGACAUGUCCGGCGACGAGAUGAUUUUCGAUCCUACUAUGAGCAAGAAGAAGAAGAAAAAGAAGAAGCCCUUCAUGCUGGAUGAGGAAGGAGGAGGAGACACACAAAUGGAAGAGACUCAGCAAUCAGAAACAAAGGAAGUUGAACCAGAGCCAACAGAAGACAAAGAUGUUGAAGCAGAUGAAGAAGACAGCAGGAAGAAAGAUACAACAGAUGACUUGGAUGAUUUAAACUUCUUCAAUCAAAAGAAAAAGAAGAAAAAAACAAAAAAGAUAUUUGAUAUAGAUGAAGCAGAAGAAGGUGUAAAGGAAUUGAAAAUUGAAGGAGAUGUGCCAGAGACAGUAGAACCUGAAGAUGACCUUGAUAUUAUGCUGGGCAAUAAAAAGAAGAAAAAGAAGAAUGUGAAGUUUCCAGAUGAAGAUGAGAUAAUGGAAAAGGAUGAAGCAUUUGAGGAUGAAGAUAGCAAAAAAGAUGAUGGAAUUUCUUUUAGCCUUCAGUCAGGACCUGCGUGGGCAGGCUCAGAAAGGGACUACACAUAUGAUGAGUUGCUCAAUAGAGUUUUUAAUAUCAUGCGGGAAAAGAACCCGGACAUGGUGGCUGGAGAGAAGCGGAAAUUUGUCAUGAAGCCCCCGCAGGUUGUGAGAGUAGGGACCAAGAAAACAUCUUUUGUCAACUUCACAGAUAUCUGCAAAUUAUUACAUCGUCAGCCAAAACAUCUCCUGGCAUUUUUGUUGGCAGAAUUGGGUACAAGUGGUUCAAUAGAUGGUAACAACCAACUGGUAAUCAAAGGAAGAUUCCAGCAAAAACAGAUAGAAAAUGUCUUGAGAAGAUAUAUCAAGGAGUACGUCACCUGUCACACGUGCCGCUCCCCCGACACCAUCCUGCAGAAGGACACCAGGUUAUACUUCCUGCAGUGCGAGACCUGCCACUCCCGCUGCUCCGUGGCCAGCAUCAAAACCGGCUUCCAGGCUGUCACAGGCAAGAGAGCACAGCUCCGUGCCAAAGCUAACUAGGUUUGCUAAUCAACACUGGAGGUGGCAAAGUGUUCUGGGGAGAUGGGACUGGACAGGUUUACAAUCGGAGUGGAUUUACCAUUGUAUUAAAGCAAGGCUGUAAAAACGACAAGAAAUUUGGCUUUUGAUUGAUUGGUCUGUGAAAUCCUUGCAAGAUGCAGAUCCUCAAGCUGUUCACAUACAUUUGCUCAUUGAAUAUAUUUUACCAACUGUAAGGAGCGUGAUGGGAAAGGAGGUGCUUUUUAAUCCGUUCAGACUUCUGUAAAACACGAGAUAAAUUAAAGAUACUAUAACAGUGA